AUGACCCUGUGCGCAAGUGCACUUAAGCCCUCUCGAACAUUCUCUGAGAAGUGCAACGCGGAAGGAUGGUUUACGCCUACUUCUGCGUAUAUCCUCUGUUUCUGUGUUGGCGGGCAUUCUGGAGUCAACUGGUGUUGCUUGUCUGCGUGGCUCAAGCAAUCGGCCAGCCGGUUGCUGCCAUCGUGGUGGACGACGCACGCUUAG